AUGGCUCCGCAAGCUGCUCCACACAAGCGUGGCGGCACGCACCGUGUCAAGGACCGGGACAGAACCAAUACCGUUUACGAUGAUUGGGACUACAAGCAGCUCAAGAACGGCUGCAUCGAGCGUGGAAUUUAUGUGAAAGACAUGAAGAAAGUAGAGAUGGCCAAAACACUGGCUGACUACGAUGUCCAGAAGAGGCGGGCUGAGCGCAGCGCCCUCGUGGAGCACGAGAAAAAGCAGCGAAAGCUCGAGGUGGAAAAACGCCAGGAGAACGACCGGCGGUUACAAGAAGAGGCUAUCAAGCACAAGAGACGAAUGGAGAAAGAGGCCAGGCGCGAACGCGAAGAGAGUGUAAGUGAUGACACCCCCGACGAAGACGAGAUUCGGCAGAUGCACGAUAUGAUGGCGGGAAGUGAUGAAGGUCCAAUGGGUCAAGUACUCAGCGAAGAAUCCUGGGAUAGUACUUCCACAGACACGACAGACUCCUCAGUGAACGACACUAUCCUCCCCGAAUGCAAACUCCGCUUGUUUGAAUGGUCCUUCCCGGACAUGCCUUCGCCAACAGCUCGCAUCUCAACACGACAAGCCGCCAUAUUCCGACCCAAGAGUCCAGAAUAUCCACCUAAACGACCAUUGCCCGUGCCACGCAAUAUCCCCUACGCACCGCUAAAAGUCCAUACCACCUCAACCAAAGAGAAGCUCUUCCUCCCCGGCCAAACAUACCCUCCUGGUGUCAACCCCGACUUCGUGCCCUUACUCUCGCCUCGCACGCGCCACGCAGCCCGCAACGGCGUCCUCUCAGGCGUCCUCCGCAAAGCGACAAUCGAACGCGCAUCAACCUGGGCGCAGCGCACGCAGAUCCAAGGCUGGAACGCACGCAUGUUCUUCUCGCUUGCGCCGCGCAACGAAACCAAAGCACUCUCCGACGUGUACACCAAGUGGUUCCUCGAAAACCGCAAGCUGCUGCGCGUCGAGCCUCGAGGCGUCGGGCUGAAAGUCACGCGCGAGCAGCGGCAUGUACAGCGACACGUCAACAAGGGCAGGAAACUCGCCGAAGUGUUGGAGGCGAGCGAGUAUCGGCCGACGGCGGUGUGCUAUCUGCCUGCAUAUUUGGAUUAUGGGGAGGAGGAAGAGUCUAAGGAGCGACACAGGCUUGAGAAUCUUUUCUUCGUGAGGUUUCCGGGGUGCGAUGUGCCGCAUUACUAUUUCUGGACGGGGGAAGGGGAGUGGGCGGAUCCGACGGUGAGGAAUAUGGAUUGGACGCACGAUGGAGAUGGGAUGGAAAGGUCAAGUGUGUCGCGGAAACGUCUACCUGGAACGUCUCGCACGAUGGUUACGCGCGUCAAGAACCCCAAUGUCUGGCCUUCUCCACCGGUGCAUGUAACGUCUCCCCCGGAUCUCGAGACCAUCAUCGCGCUCAUCGAGUUCGAGCUGUACACGCACGGCCUCGCCAUGACGCUGAUCAAGUACCGCAACCGGUGGGCGAAAAAGGGCAAGGCAGAUGCGUGGAAGACCUUCGGUCAACACUUGCCUCUGAUCUACCCCAGCGGGAUAUUCCCAACCGUUCCACCCCCGAACGCAAAGAGUGCUAUCAGCGUCGCGGUGAAACUAGCCAUUAUUGAGAAACUUAAACCUGGGGAUGAUACGAUGGCAGAUCCACUGCGUGGCGACGAACCGUGGACGAGUAAGGAUGAUGUGUGGUGGACUAUAGAUGGAGCGAACACUACUCCAUCCACUGAGCCAGAACACGAAGCCCUAUACCGUCGAGACAGCGUCCCGACACUAGAAUUCCUGAGCACAGAUAGAUGCGCGGGCUGGCUCGAACAAGUCAGCCCGUCCUUUGUGCCGCUCACACCAGAAAGUUUACCCGCUUCUCCCGAGCUGGAAGAGAUUGAACCAGAUAAGUGGGAGGAGCGGUUCUUGCAGGAUUCUUCGCAGCAUAUGGACGUCACGUGUCCGUUUUGUUUACUGGAGCUGGGGGUGAUGAGUAUGGAGGAGCAGGCAGAGCACAUGCACGCGCACAACGCGUUUGGAAAAGCGAGCUAUCGCCGUGUUUCUUCGAACGACUUUUUGUUUCCUGUUUACCCAUCGGCUAGGCGUAGACGAUGCAGUCGCAUCAAUACCCGACUCGAUCUUGUUGACGAUGGCGCAGAUGCCGACAAUGAAAGGACACCGACGACUGAGCCCACGAGAUUGAGUCCUAAUAGCUCAUCUAAGAAGCGGAAGAGGGUCACUACUGUGACGUAUCGUAAAAAGCUCAGGGCAUGGGAUAGUCCGCGGUGA